CGGCAACUUUUCUGCAGAUAAAAGUUUCAUACAUCAAAGGUGGAAUUCCCCAAGAAUGACCUCUGACCCGGUUGACCUAUACAUCUUCACCUCUGACACGCUACCCUCUGACCCUCGCUUCAUGCCACCGCUUGCCAACGGCCUGCUGGGAUGGAGUGUGUUUAAUAGAGUUAUGCAUAUGAGCGGGGUUUAUAAUGGGGAGGGCGGGGACUGUCACCGUGCCAACAUUCCUUGUCCACUGGCGGUUCAAAUGAAGACUGAGGAAGUAGGACAACACAUGUACAAGUUAGAUAUGCGCUCAGGUAUAUUCUCUCAUACCGUAGUCACUCCUCAUGUUGAGAUUUCUCAGGUUUUGUACGCUCACCGGCAGCACUCAAAUAUUCUAGUCAUGGAAGUUUUCCUGAAGCGUUUAGUGUUGAGUGCUGAACCAAUCACGAUUCAGCUAGAGAGUUUUUUCAACCCCCAGAGUGAUGACAUCACUUUCCAGAACGCGCCAGACUACAAGGGUGGAAGGCACAUAUUUGGACAGACCUUGUCUUCCGAAAUCCCUGAAGGAAUCCGUCCAUUUGUGCACCUGAUCUGGACGCCCAUCGCAUCUGCUCUUACACACCCUCCCGAUCAGAGCCAAUCCAAUUGGGUUUUCCUGGUUGCUGUGGCCAACACCAGCGAGAAUGCCCAAUCAUAUUUUGAUACUGGUUUGGAGCUUAUUGCUACUGGUGACUUACGUCCCUCCCACCUGAGAAGCUGGGCGGAGCUUUGGAUGGGGAGCAGCAUUGAGGUGGUGGGACCAGAAAGCCUGAACCGUGCUCUGAUUGGCUGCAUGUUUUAUCUUCUCGGUGCAUUCCCAUCUUCAAGUGAAGCAACUAGUUCUUUUGGGGGGGUUAGUCCUGGGGGCUUGUCAACUGGGAGCAAAGAAGAGGAUUACCACGGGCAUGUGUUCUGGGACCAGGACACAUGGAUGUAUCCUGGUAUUGCACUGUUUUAUCCCAAUCUGGCAAAGGCGGUACUACAAUACCGUGUAAAAACCAUAGAGGGUGCUCAAGCAAAUGCCCAACAGAUGGGAUUCAAGGGGUUGAAGUUUGCUUGGGAAAGUGCAGUAACGGGCCAAGACGUGUGUCCAGAGGACGUAUAUGCAGAGCAAGAGAUUCACAUCAAUGGAGAUGUGGUUUUCGCAUUCGAACAGUACUUUUACCUCACACAGGACCUUGAAAUGUUUAAGGAAGGUCGGGGCAGCGAGGUGGUUUGGGGCGUUGCUGACUACUGGGUUUCCCGGGUAACUUGGGACCCCACUGACCAGCAGUAUCACAUUAAAGGGGUGAUGCCUCCUGAUGAGUACUACUUCAAUGUUGACAACUCAGUGUUCACAAAUGCUGUCGCCCAACGCAGUCUGCGGUUUGCUUUGGAGUUGGCCAACAUUUUAGCACAGCCCGCUCCUCCUGAGUGGCAGGAAGUUUCAGACAAGAUAAAAAUUCCAUUUGACUCAAAACUGCAAUAUCACCCAGAGUUUGACAGCUACAUUCAGGGUACUGAAGUCAAGCAGGCGGACACAGUGUUGCUCGGAUACCCUCUUGGUAUUCCCAUGACCUCAGAGGUCAGACGGAAUGAUCUGGAAAUCUAUGAGGCCGUCACAAAUCCCCUUGGUCCGGCCAUGACCUGGGGCAUGUUUGCUGUGGGUUGGCUUGAACUUGGUGAGACUGAAAAUGCACAAAAACUUCUGCAAAAAUGCUUCAAAAAUAUCCAGAAACCAUUCCAGGUAUGGAGUGAGUCAUCUGAUGGUUCUGGUUGUGUAAACUUCCUCACUGGUAUGGGCGGUUUUCUGCAGGCAGUGCUCUUUGGUUACUCUGGCUUUAGAGUGCAGAAGGAGUGCCUUGCCUUUGCUCCAUUGCUGCCACAGGAAGUUGAUGCACUCAUUGUAAAAGGUGUGAGUUACCUUGGCAAUAAGAUGGAUUGGUUAAUAAAAGGUGAUGAAGUGAGCGUCAUGGUAAGGAAGCCAGCAGAGGAUUCUGGGAGUAAGGAACCGUAUGCUCUGGAAGUUGUCCUAGACACUGGAACCACAAUCCCACUUAUUCCAGGACAGUCAGUGACGUUUCCACGGCAACCUGGUCAGAUCCGUAAACAGAAUUCCGGAUCUUAGUGUUGGCUUCUCUGAUUUGUCCACAUCAUAAACCACUACUUAAAGAUCUCUGUCUGUGUGUUUAUGUACUAAUUUCUAUAAGUAUGAAAAUAACAAUCCUUAGAUUUUAUAUUUACAGUUGAAGUCAGAAAUUUAAAUACACUUAGGUUGAAGUUAUUAAAACUCAUUUUUUAACCACUCAAUAUAUUUCAAAUUAGCCAAUGAUAGUUUUGGCAAGUCGUUUUGGACAUCUACUUUGUGCAUGACUUGAGUCAUUAUUCCAACAAUUAUUUACAGACAGAUUGUUUCACUUUUAAUUGACUGUAUCACCAUUCCAGUGGGUCAGAAGUUUACAUACAGUAAUUUAACAGUGCCUUUACGCAGUUUGGGAAAUUCCAGAAAAUUAUGUCAAGCCUUUAGACAAUUAGCUUCUGAUUUGAGGUGUACUGAACUGGAGAUGUACCUGUGGAUGUAUUUUAAGGCUUAUCUUUAGAUUCGUUGCCUGUUUGCUUGACAUCAUGGGAAAAUCAAUAGAAAUUAGCCAAGACCUCAGAAAAAAAUUGUAGACCUCCACAAGUCUGGUUCAUCCUUGGGAGCAAUUUCCAAAUGCCUGAAUGUACCACGUUCAUCUGUACAAACAAUAUUACGCAACCAUGGGACCACGCAGCCACCAUACCGCUCAGGAAGGAGACUCAUUCUGUCUCCUAGAGAGGAACGUAGUUCGGUGCGAAAAGUGCGAAUCAAUCCCAGAACAACAGCAAAGGACCUUGUGAAGAUGCUGGAGGAAACUGGUGGAUGAGUAUCUAGAUCCACAGUAAAACGAGUCCUAUAUCGACGUGACCUGAAAGGCUGCUCAGCAAGGAAGAAGCCACUGCUUCAAAACCGCCAAAGAUCUUACUUUUUUGAGAAUUGUCCUCUGGUCUGAUGAAACAAAGAUUUAACUGUUUGGCCAUAAUGACCAUCGUUAUGUUUGGAGGAAAAAGGGUGAGGUUUGCAAGCCGAAGGACACUAUCCCAACCAUGAAGCAUGGGGGUGGCAGCAUCAUGUUGUGGGGGUGCUUUGCUGCAGGAGGCACUGGUGCACUUCACAAAAUAGAUGGGAUCAUGCAGAAGGAAAAUUAUGUGGAUAUAUUGAAGCAACAUCUCAAGAUAUCAGCCAUGACGUUAAAGCUCGGUCGCAAAUGGACAAUGACCACAAGCAUGCCUCCAAAGUUGCUAGCUUUGGAAAUGGCUCAAGGACAACAAAGUCAAGGUAUUGGAGUGGCAAUCACAAAGCCCUGACCUCAAUCCGAUAGAAAAUGUGUGGGCAGAACUGAAAAAGCGUGUGCGAGCAAGGAGGCCUACAAACCUGACUCAGGCACACCAGUUCUGUCUGGAUGAAUGGGACAACAUUCCAGCAACUUAUUGUGAGAAGCUUGUGGAAUGAUCCCCAAAACGUUUGACCAAAGUUAAACAAUUUAAAGGCAAUGCUACCAAAUACUAACAAAGGGUAUGAAAACUUCUGACCCACUGGGAAUGUGAUGAUAGAAAUAAAAGCUGAAAUAAAUCAUUCUCUCGACUAUUAUUCUGACAGUUCACAUUCUUAUAAUAAAGUAGUGAUCCGAACUGACCUAAGACAGGGAAUGUUUUCUACGAUUAAAUGUCAGAAAUUGUGAAAAACUGAGUUUAAAUAUAUUUGGCUAAAGUGUAUGUAAACGUCUGACUUCAACUGUAAUCAAAACUUGAUUGAAACAUUCUGUACUUGAUAGAAAAUACAUUGUAUUUCCAGGUUCAUCUUUGUAAUAAUGCUAAUUACUUUAUAUACCACUUUUUGUGUUUUGUAAUAAUGCCAAAUA